GGAGAAAGUUAGAAGAGAAGCUGCGGAUUAAAGGAUUAAACAGAUUUUUUUUCUCUAAGUUUAUAUUUAGGAACAUUUACAUUCAUUCAGGAGUUUCUACAAACCAGGAAUUCUGAACAGACGGAACUGUUCGCUUCUUUUUGAUACAGUGAACUAUUCAAAGCUGAUAUUUACAUUUUCUGGAGUGUAGUCCAUUCAGCAGAAGAGACUCUCUAGUACCCAGCUGUGUGUCCAUAAACAGUGAUCUUUAUGUGGAUACUCCACUAAUAUUCAGAGAUGGAGACCCCUCAUCAGGACACCAAUGAUAGGCCCCCAUGCUUAAGCCAGAGUCUAAUCCACAUGAGGACAUCAGAGUCUCCAGCACCCAGCUGUGUGUCCAUGAAGAGUGACCAGUCUAUGGGUCAGCCCCCACAGUUCAAAGAUAGACACCCUUCACCAGGACGCAGUCUAAUCCAGAUAAAGAGACCAGUAACCAGCUGUGUGUCUAUGAAGAGUGAUGCAUCGAUAGGUCAUCCACCAAUGUUCAGAGAUGGACACCACUCAAAUGGACACAGUGUCCUGCAGGGGACAAGAGACAGAAAAGAACAAAAGAUCAUCACAGACAGAGAACAUGGCAAUGAUUCUGAUGCAAUGAAAGUCCAAGAAAACUUCAAGUUAAAUAUGAAACAGAAGUUUCAGUGCUUGAAUGAGGUGAUAACAAACCAGGAAACCCCAACACUUCUCAGUGAGAUCUACACAGAGCUCUGCAUCACAGAGGGAGACAGUGGAGAGGUCAAUAAUGAACAUGAGGUCAGACAGAUCGAGGCAGCACUCAGGAGAACAGCAACAAAGGACACACCAAUCAAAUGCAAUGACAUCUUUAAACCCUUAUCUGACCAAAACAAACCCAUCAGAACUGUGCUUACAAAGGGAGUCGCUGGCAUUGGAAAAACAGUCUCUGUGCAGAAGUUCAUUCUGGACUGGACUGAAGGGAAAGCAAAUCAGGAUGUCCACUUCAUAUUUCCACUUCCUUUCAGAGAACUGAAUUUGAUGAAGUACCAAAAACUAAGUUUGGUGGAUCUUCUUCAUACACGGUUUAAGGAGAUUAAAGAAAUGGAAAUAUCCAGAUCUCACAAAGUUCUGUUCAUAUUUGAUGGUUUGGAUGAGUGUCGUUUAACUCUAGAUUUUCAGAGCGCUGUGAGAUUGGAUGAUGUCACUCAGUCAUCCUCAGUGAAGGUGCUGCUAACCAAUCUGAUCAAGGGGAAUCUGCUUCCCUCUGCUCUCAUCUGGAUCACCUCCCGACCUGCAGCAGCUGAUCAGAUCCCCUCUGAGUGUGUGGAUCGACUGACAGAAGUACGAGGGUUCAGUGACCCACAGAAGGAGGAGUACUUCGGGAAGAGAAUCAGGGACCAGAGCCUGACCGAUAGAAUCAUCACACACCUGAAGACAUCAAGAAGCCUCUACAUCAUGUGCCACAUUCCUGUGUUCUGCUGGAUUUCAGCCACUGUUCUAGAGAGAAUGUUGGGUGAAGCAGAGAGUGGAGAGACCCCCAAAACUCUGACUCAAAUGUAUACACACUUCCUCAUCAUUCAGACAAAGAUCAUGAGAGAAAAGUACGUAAAGAAGCAGAAGACAGAUGAAGAAAUACUUCUGAAACUAGGACGACUGGCUUUUCAGCAGCUUAUGAAAGGAAAACUGAUCUUCUGUGUGAAAGAUCUAAGAGAGUGUGGCAUCAACAUUAAAGAAGCAUCAGUGUACUCAGGUGUGUGUACACAGAUCUUCAGAAGUGUCAAAGAUCUGAGAGAGUGUGGCAUCGACGUUAAAGAAGCAUCAGUGUACUCAGGUGUGUGUACACAGAUCUUCAGAGAGGAAUCUGGGCUGCACCAGAGUAAAGUGUACUGCUUUGUUCAUCUGGGCAUUCAGGAACAUCUUGCAGCUCUAUAUGUGCACCUGACCUUCAUGACCCAGAAGAAGAAUGUGCUUAAACAGAGUCUGUCCUCUAAACUGAGGAGCUUCAGGAGGAAAGAAAUUACAAUCUCAGAUGUACACAAGAGUGCUGUGGAUCAGACCUUACAGAGUAAGAAUGGACAUCUGGAUCUUUUCCUUCGCUUUCUUCUGGGUCUCUCACUGGAGUCCAAUCGGACUCUCAUACAAGAGUUAGUGACACAGACAGGAAGUAGCUCCCACAGCCAAGAGGAAACAGUUCAGUACAUCAAGAAGAAGAUCAGUGAGAAUCCCUCUGCAGAGAAAUCUAUCAAUCUGUUCCACUGUCUGAACGAACUGGAUGACCGUUCUCUAGUUGAGGAAGUUCAGCAGUACCUGCAGUCUGACAGUCUAAACCAAAGAACACUCUCUUCUUCACAGUGGUCAGCUGUGGUCUUUGUACUGCUGACAUCAGGGGACGAUCUCGAUAAAUUUGUCCUACAGAAAUAUAACAGAUCAGAUGAUGUUCUUCUGAAGCUGCUGCCUGUAGUUGCAGAAUCCAGAUCAGCUGAUCUUUCAAGUUGCAAUCUGACAAAGAAAAGCUGUGCAGCUCUGACCUCAGUGCUGAGCUCAGAAUCCUCCAGUCUGAGAGAGCUGAAUCUGGCUUAUAAUAAACUAGGAGAUUCAGGAGUGAAGCUGCUCUCUGCUGGACUGGAGAAUCCUCUCUGUAAACUGGAGACACUGAGGUUGUCAGGUUGUAAUAUCACAGAUGCAGGGUGCUCUGCUCUGACCUCAGCUCUGAAAUCAAACCUCUCACACCUGAGAGAGCUGCAUUUGUCUUAUAAUCAUCUAAGAGAUUCAGGAGUGAAGCUGCUGUCUGCUGUACUGGAGAAUCCUCUCUGUAACCUGGAGACUCUGGGGUUGUAUAAUUGUAAUAUCACAGAUGAAGGCUGUGCUGCUCUGACUUCAGCUCUGAAAUCAAACCCCUCACAUAUGAGAGAGCUGAAUCUGUCUUAUAAUAAACUAGAAGAUUCAGGAGUGAAGCUGCUCUCUGCUGUACUGGAGAAUCCUCUCUGUAAACUGGAGACACUGUGGUUGAGGGUUUGUAGUAUCACAGAUGAAGGCUGUGCUGCUCUGACUUCAGCUCUGAAAUCAAACCUCUCACACCUGAGAGUGCUGGAUCUUUCUGAGAAUAAACUAGGAGAUUCAGGAGUGAAGCUGCUCUCUGCUGUACUGGAGAAUCCUCUCUGUAAACUGGAGACACUGUGAUUGUGGGAAUGUAAUAUCACAGAUGAAGGUUGUGCUGCUCUGACUGCAGCACUGAAAUCAAACCCCUCACACCUGAGAGAGCUGUGUCUGUCUGGGAAUCACCAGAUAAAGACAGGACGUGAGCGGCUGUACGCUCUAAAGCAUGAUAAACAUUACAGACUACAAGAUCUACUUGUGUGGUGUUGAUGAACUGUAUUAUUAAAAUCACCAAAGACAUCAUGAAGAGAUUAAAUGAUUUCUGAAUGUGUGUGAGGAGCUCCAGCAGCAGAGGGAGACACAGUGUGUGCAAAUACAGUACGAGUGUGUGGACUAAAUGCAAUUGUACAUAGGGAGUCUCACACACUGACUAUAUAAAUUUCUGCAUGGAGAACACUGUACUCACCAAGAAUGUUCAGUGUUUCUCCAGCAACAAACCUUGGAUCAACCCUGAUACAAAGGUUCUCCUGAAGGAGAAAAAGAGGGCCUUUAGAUUAGGAGACAUGGGGGAAGCAGAGAGCUGUGCAAAGGGAACUAGGAAGAAAAAUCAGGGAGGGAAAAGCCAGCUACAGGAAGAAAAUGGAGGAACAGCAGCAGAAAAACAAGUGGGGUCUGGAAAAGCCUCAAAACAAUCUCCAGCCGCAAGAAACCCAAACCCCAGGAAGUAGGGCACCAAAAGUGGGUGAACGAUCUCAAUCUGUUUAUCAAUAGAUUUGAUCACUCGUGUCCCCCUACACAGUUACCCCUGCUGCAACCCCCCUGUUCUGGAGUCUCAGGGCACUGCCCUGCCCCCUCCCUCCCUCC